AUGUACGUCGGCUUCUACGCGUCGGUCGUGUUCAUGGAGCGCGCUCGGCAGCGCAUGCGGGAGCAGCGCGCCGCCGCGGACAGGCGCCAGAGGCGCAUCCGCCUCGCCACCUUUUUCACGGGCUGGUCUAUUUUUUUGACUACAGGCCCCGGCUGGGCCGUCCGAAGUGCGAUUCAAGGACGCUGGAAUGAUACCAUCGGCGGCGUCAUGAUGGCAGCUGGCGUCGUGAGCUCCUUGUCCUCCCUCCUCACUUUGCGCAGCAUGGACGAGGACCUUGUCCGCGGGUUUGCCGUCUACAUUGUGCCUCUGCUGUUGUCUUUCGGAUGGGUCUUCUGGUGGUUCGCGGAACGGCCUCUGCGCCCGUUGACUACGGCUAACCUCUGGGCGGAUUCAGGGGCCGGCAGCCUCAUCUCUAUGGACUUCUCCCUAUUGGCCGCUGCCUUGCUCCCUACCUGGCGCGACGCCUUUCUCGCUAGCUUGCUACCCUGCCGCUCCACCCGCGUCGGUCCCCGGGCGAUGACCGCCCCCGCCUGCUUGAGCCACAUGUGGCUGGUUGCGCGGCUGUGGGCUCCAGUGUUUGGAGUGCUCCUCAUAAGCAUGGCUGCGGUCAUGCCGGACUUGUGGCCAUUCUAUCUGUGUGGCGCCGCCAUGCUCCUCACCGCCAUCGCUCUCCGCCCCUCCGCCCGCCGCUACUUGCAAGCCCGCCUCGCCGGCCUCGGCGCCUCUGGCGGAAGCGACGACGCGCAGCUCGCGGCGCUGGCGGCUCUCUCCGGCGGCGGCGAGAAGGCGCUGGCGCGCGCGCAGGCGGCCUUCCGCCUGCUGCCUUUUGACAAGCUGACAGCUGAGUUUUCUGUCUUUGUGAGCCACUCCUGGCACGACAGCCGCGAGGGCAAGUGGGCGGCGCUCCAGCAGUGGGCGAAGAGCGACACGGAAGAGCGGGGCACGGCGCCGCUGCUCUGGCUGGACGCAGCGUGCGUCGCCCCCGAGGACGCGGGCGCGCUCGACCUGCUGCCGCUCCUCGUCAGCGGCUGCCAGCGCUUCCUCAUCCUGGCGGGGCCGACCUACGCGCACAGGCGCGCGCGGAGGCGGCGAGAAAGAGUUGUGCUCCGCUUCACUUACUCUCGUUCGUCGACUAGGUUGUGGUGCGUGGUCGAGCUCUUCUGCUUCCUCAAGAAUGGAGGCGACAUCGACCGCGUGACCGUGCUGCCCGUCGUCGAGGCCAGCAACGAGGCGGACGAGGCGGCGGCGGACGCGACAAGAGCGCUGCAGCGCGAGCUCGGGCGGUUCAGCGUGCAGCGGGCGCGCUGCUCGCAGGAGCGGGACACGCAGAAGCUGCUCGGUUGCAUCGAGGCUGGGUUUGGCAAGUACGAGUCGUUCGACCAGGUGGUGCGCCGCAUCUUCUCCGGCCGGUCGAGCUCCAGCUUCGGUGUUGCAGGCCCUCGAAUGCCGUUUGAACUUGAGCCUCCGGCGAUGGACGAGAGCAGCUGA